AUGGGCUGGUUCAACAGCCAGAAAAGCGAACCAGACUCAGCUCUCAGACGUGAACGCCAAAAAUGCUGGGAGAGCAGGGAUGCCUACUUCGCCUGUUUAGACAAGGUCGGAACCGUCAAACCAGGAGAUGAGGGCAAUGCAUGCGCCCCUCCUAAGGUCGUAUACGAGCAGAAUUGCGCAAAGAGCUGGAUUGAUUAUUUCAAUAAACGUCGUGUACUUGCAGAACAGCAGGCAAACGUCCUUGCACAGGUGAACUCGCAAGCAGCGGAUGCAAAAAGAAGAUGA